CCUCGCGCGCCUUGCUUUCCUUUGCCAACCCCUACCUCCAUGCGCCAUUUUUAGAAAAGCCACGCCUUUAUAUUCUGAGAGAAUAGAGAGAUACUUCUCUCAUCUUGUGUUGCCAGAGAGAUUGAGAGAGGGAGAGAGAGGAAGAAGAGAGUGAGAAGAAGAGGAGAGAGAUGGAUUCAGGGGAAGAGAUUGAAGGAGUGGAGGCUCAGAGGAAGAAGAAGAGAUACCACCGCCACACACCUCGCCAGAUUCAAGAGCUUGAAGCGGUGUUCAAGGAGUGUCCUCAUCCGGAUGAGAAGCAGAGGAUGCAACUCAGCAGAGAGCUUUCCCUCGAGCCUCGUCAGAUCAAGUUCUGGUUCCAGAACCGAAGGACUCAGAUGAAGGCUCAGCAUGAAAGAGCAGACAACUGCUCUCUUCGUGCUGAGAAUGACAAGAUCAGAUGUGAGAACAUCGCCAUUCGAGAGGCUCUGAAGAAGAUUAUGUGCCCGACUUGCGGCAGCCCUCCGGUCGCCGAAGACUCUUACUUUGAUGAACAAAAGCUCAGGAUGGAGAAUGCUCGCCUGAAAGAAGAGCUUGAUAGGGUGUCCACUAUUGCAUCUAAAUAUCUGGGAAGACCCAUCACUCAACUCCCCCCUGUUCAACCUAUUCCUGUUUCUUCAUUGGAUUUAUCUGUUGGUGGUUAUGGUGGGGUGCAGUCAGGACUUGGCCCUUCUCUUGAUCUUCUUCCUGGAAGUUCAUCUUCUGCUAUGCAACUCGGUUACCCUAGUGCUGUCUCGGAGAUGGAGAAACCGAUUUUUGCUGAAUUGGCUACUAAUGCAAUUGAGGAACUUAUAAGGAUGGCUCAGACUGAUCAACCUCUUUGGAUUAAGCCUGGUGGUGAUGGUAUUGAUGUUCUCAACCUUGAAACUUAUGAGAGGAUCUUCUCGAGGCCAGGCCGGCAGUACAAGAGUCCUGAUACUCGUGUUGAGGCAUCAAGAGAUUCUACUCAUGUGUUUAUGAAUGCCGAAACUAUUGUUGAGAUGUUCAUCGAUCCGAUGAAAUGGGCUGAAUUCUUUUCGACUAUUGUCUCGAGAGCUAGGAUUAUCGAAGUUCUUACAGGUGGAAUUGGAGGAACUAGAAGUGGAUCAUUGGUGCUGAUGCAUGAGGAGCUUCAGGUUCUGUCUCCGGUCGUCUCCAAACGUGAAUUCAUCUUUCUCCGUUACUUUCAGCAAAUCGAACAAGGCUUAUGGGCAAUAGCCGAUGUAUCCGUCAAUGUAUCAGCAGAAUGCCAAUUCACAACUCCUUCCAGAUCACGGAAGCUACCUUCUGGCUGUUUGAUUCAUGAAAUGCCUAACGGCUACUCGAAGGUUACAUGGGUCGAACACAUGGAGAUUGAAGACGAGAGUUCAACUCAUAACAUGUAUAGGGAUCUUGUUGAGAGUGGUGCAGCUUUCGGUGCGCAGCGAUGGCUGGCCACUCUGCAGAGAAUGUGCGAGAGGUUUGCCUGUCUUAUGGUUGUUGGAACAACUCAAGACGACAUUGGUGGUGGAGUGGUUCCCUCGCCGGAGGGAAAGAGGAGCAUGAUGAAGCUGGCACAGCGAAUGAUGAACAACUUCUGUACCAGUUUAAGUGCAUCCAAUGGUCAUCAAUGGACUUCACUCUCAGGACUGAAUGAAGUCGGUGUUCGAGUGUCCGUCCACAAGAGCACAGACCCCGGCCAGCCAAACGGAGUCGUCCUCAGUGCCGCAACCUCUUUCUGGCUCCCAGUGCCAUCUGACAUUGUGUUUAGUUUCUUCAAAGACGAACGUACUCGAUCUCAGUGGGAUGUUCUGUCUAAUGGCAAUACAGUGCAAGAGGUUGCUCAUAUAGCAAAUGGUUCGCACCCGGGGAACUGCAUUUCGCUGCUGAGAGCAUUCAACGCGAGCCAGAACAACAUGCUGAUACUCCAAGAGAGCUGCACAGAUGCAUCAGGAUCGCUUGUCGUGUAUGCACCGGUAGACCUGCAAGGAAUAAAUGUAGUAAUGAGCGGCGAGGACCCAUCCUAUGUCCCGCUGCUUCCCUCCGGCUUUGCAAUUGUACCAGACGGCCGAGCAGGAGGGGCAUCAACAAGCUCGAACCCGAUGACCGGUUCUCUGAUCACCGUGCAAUUUCAGAUUCUGGUUAGCAGCCUGCCAUCGGCGAAGCUGAGUGCGGAGUCGGUGAAUACAGUCAACAAUCUGAUCAGCGCCACAGUGCAGCAAAUUAAAGCUGGAUUGAAUUGCAGCAGUGUCUGAAUUCAUGUCCAGAGCCUCUUGAAGCUGGCAUUCAUGUUUGUCUGGUUGGCACCAUGAAUGCUGUUCUUCUCAGUUGCCAGCCACCAUUAGAGAGUUCUUCAGAGAAAACUUCAGUCUCAUUUACAACAUUCAGUACAACAAAAAAAGCUCAAAAG